GAUGCACUGUUUUCUUUGACGAUUGGAUUAUUGCUUUUAGGUGAAACUUGGUUUCAUAAAAUGAGUUUCUCAAGCGAUGAAGUGAAUUUUCUGGUCUACAGAUAUCUACAAGAGUCCGGUUUCCAGCAUUCGGCAUACACGUUUGGAAUAGAAUCACAUAUAUCCUCAUCCAAUAUAAAUGGUGCCUUGGUACCCCCAGCUGCAUUACUCAGUAUUCUCCAAAAGGGACUGCAAUAUACUGAAGCUGAAAUAAGCAUAGGUGAAGAUGGCACUGAACAGAGGUUGGUGGAGAGCUUGAGUCUUAUAGAUGCUGUUAUGCCAGAUGUGGUUGCUAGUAGGCAGAAUCAACAAAAUCAGCAGAAACAGCAGGCUAUCAAGACAGAACAAGCAGAAACCAAUGGAGAAGAAGCUGUUGUAUCCACACAAACAGAAACUAUGGAAGUGGACACCUCUAUUGAAAUACCUUCAUCAAAAGCCACUGUGCUCAGAGGGCAUGAAUCUGAAGUUUUCAUUUGUGCUUGGAACCCCACCACUGAUCUCUUGGCCAGUGGGUCAGGAGACAGUACUGCUAGGAUAUGGGACAUGUCAGAUAACACAGCUAGUCCCAAUCAACUGGUACUGAGACAUUGUAUUCAGAAAGGUGGCACAGAAGUGCCCAGCAAUAAGGAUGUCACUUCUCUUGAUUGGAAUUGUGAUGGUAGUUUGUUAGCAACUGGCAGUUAUGAUGGAUAUGCAAGAAUUUGGACUACUGAUGGGCGUUUAGCAAGUACCUUAGGUCAGCAUAAAGGUCCCAUUUUUGCACUGAAAUGGAACAAAAGAGGCAAUUACAUUCUAUCAGCAGGGGUUGACAAGACAACAAUUAUUUGGGAUGCAGCUAGUGGACAGUGCACACAACAAUUCAGUUUCCAUUCAGCACCAGCUCUUGAUGUGGAUUGGCAGACCAACACUUCUUUUGCCAGUUGUUCCACAGAUCAAUGCAUUCAUGUGUGCAAGUUGUCCAUGGACAAACCUAUCAAGUCCUUCCAAGGACACACAAAUGAAGUGAAUGCUAUCAAAUGGGACCCACAGGGGCAACUCCUGGCCUCCUGCUCCGACGAUAUGACCUUGAAAAUUUGGUCAAUGAAACAUGACACCUGUGUUCAUGAUCUGCAAGCCCAUUCCAAGGAGAUAUACACUAUAAAAUGGUCGCCAACAGGGCCAGGCACCCAAAAUCCCAACAUGAACCUGAUACUGGCCUCCGCCAGUUUCGAUUCGACCGUACGCCUGUGGGACGUCGAGCGCGGCGCUUGCAUUCACACCCUCACCAAACACACGGAGCCCGUCUAUUCAGUUGCCUUCAGCCCCGACGGCAAGUUUCUGGCCAGCGGCAGCUUCGACAAGUGCGUCCACAUCUGGUCGACGCAAUCGGGGCAGCUGGUGCACAGCUACAAGGGCACGGGGGGCAUCUUCGAGGUGUGCUGGAACUCGCGGGGGGACAAGGUGGGGGCCAGCGCGUCGGACGGUAGCGUGUUCGUGUUGGAUUUACGUAAAUUGUGA